AUGGAACCAUUAAAAAAACCAAAGGAACGGGGAAAAAAAAAAGAGGACGACUACAGGCAAAAGAAACAGGACGAAGCGAAGACUAACAAAAACGAGAAUGGGGAAGAACUUUCGCACGACGGCAAAAUGGAAGAAAUAGAGGAGCGAAAGAGGUUUGAGGAAGAAAUGUUAAAGAGGCAUCAGAAUCAGCCAAAAAUAAACAGGUCGGGUCCCAUAACACACUCGACAUUAUUGGACAACAUGCUAGAAGAAAUUAAUAGAGAAGACGAAGAGAAAGAAGGAGAUGCAGAGGAGGGGGAACCCUCGGCGGAAACAAUAGAAGUGGAAGGAGAGGAAAAUAAAAGAGAAGAGCAAACGGAGACACACUGA